AUGAAAUCGUUUCAAGUGCACACUCUUUUAGUCGUCGUCCUCUUAUCUCGGCGAAUAUCGGCUCAGGAAGCACUUUCACCAGCGGACUCGCUAUGCGACGGAAUUACUUACGCUACUUUGCCGAAUCCUCACGAUUGCCGAAGCUACUAUGUGUGCCUUUAUUCGAAGGUUUUCAACAACACGUGUCCACCUAAUUUCGUAUUCCAGCCGAGUGUCUCUUUUUGCGUUCAUCGAACGCAAUAUCCCUGCUUGGAUAGUGAGACAACAACUUCAUCACCAACUUCAACAUCCACGAGCCUUCAACCAUCGGAAGCGCCAGAAGAAAACUGUCCAGAAACUUCGUGGGAAGCGCAGUUCUGCAGGAUCCACAUUUCUGCCCUAAUUUCAAACCCAUUCAACUGCACUCAGUACAUCAAUUGCGAGGUGAUUCCUUCAAGAAACCUGGAAUGUCCACCAGGACGCGUGUUCAGUUUGCCGUAUCAGGAUUGCUUUCCAGGGAGUCCGGUUACUUGCUCCUUCAACCCUGUCGAGGCAAGUUUCUGCACCGAUAAACCCACCGGCAGUUAUGCUCACCCCUAUCAGUGCAAUCGAUUUGUAACCUGCUUCCGAGGCGAACCACGAGUGGAAACCUGUCCACCCUACUAUCUGUUCGAUAGUGCUGCGCUGCGCUGUGUUCGGGGUGAUGUGCGCCAGUGUUCCUCUCUGCUGACGCAGUGA